GCCUUCGACUACUCGGUCAACGACUACGAGUCGGGCUCCAAGUUCGCCGCCAACGAGAACAGCGACGGCAAGCAGACGUCCGGCUACUACACGGUGGCCCUGCCCGACGGCCGCGUCCAGACGGUCAAGUACACGGUCGACGACUACGCUGGCUACAACGCUGAGGUCACGUACGAGGGCGAGGCCCAGUAUCCCGAGGAGCUCGAGUACAAGGCCGCCCCUGCUCCCGUCUACAAGGCUGCUCCCGUCUACAAGCCCGCUCCCGUGGGCGAGGCCCAGUAUCCCGAGGAGCUCGAGUACAAGGCCGCCCCUGCUCCCGUCUACAAGGCCGCUCCCGUCCACAAGCCCGAUCCCGUGUACCAGGAGCCCGAGCAGGAGCCCAUCUACGCUUACCGUCCUGUCCGGAAGUACAGCAACUAA